GUUGAAUCACAGACGCUUUUGUUCGGGGCUCCCCUUUCCUGCGAAGGCCUGCUGUCGAUCAAGAAGCAGAAGUCCGCCCCCAUCGGCCCUUUCACUGCUGCAGCUGCUGCCUCGCGCUGCUCAGCGUCUGCUCACUGUGAUCUCAAUCUGAGCUGGAGAGGCCACACGAGCUGCAGCUUCAGCAUUAAACCCGGCCUACAGGCGCGUAUGACGCUCGCCACCAAAGAACGCCAAUAACACGAGGUAAGCCUAAGCGUACUGGUACAUGCGAUUUAAAUACUAUCUAUAUUAUGUAGACACACCGCUUCAGAUGAUCUCGAUCCGCGAUGGUUAAAUCGCAGCGCGGUCGAUUUCGAAAAGCGGCAUGUUUGCGGAAGUGAUCGCGCGGUCCAUGUUUAACCGCCCCGUUAUUUGCCUUUACAUGUCAUGUGUGUUUUUCCAAACUAUAUUUCACCCUCACGUGCAUUUUGUCGACACGGUAAGCGUUCGGAAAAGCUGAAGAUGCUGUUUGUGUUGGCGAAGUUGACUAGCCAGCGGACCCUUUUGAAAAAUCAAAAUGGCUUCCAUCUUUGUCGUCUCAGCUGAGAGGUUUAUACCUUUGUUUCCCCGUCUCGCAUGUCAGGGAGUCUUAGCGCACUUUUUGACCACGUCAGUGCGGUGGGGGAGGGGGAGUGAGUCUGUGUGGGCGGAGCCUGUGUGAUACGUUCCCUGUGGAUCAAUUAUUCACUGCCCCCUUCGCUGUAAGUUUGAUUUAGUUUAGGCUCCAGCUACUGGAAGAAUUGUUAACUGAUUUUUUUCUUCUUUAUUAAUGUCUUUUGAUUAGUACUGUGCCACCCCUUGCAAUGUAGACAAAAAUUCAAACUGUUAUACCUAAGAGCACAUGCAGAUCUUCUGAAAAUCAUUCUCGAUAUAGAGUGCUGCAGGAAUGGCAUAUUUUUUUGUUGGCCGUUCUAGAAGUUGGCAUCACACUGGUUCCCUUAGGGGGGAAAAGGCUAAAAGGACUGACUUUUGGAUAAUUGCAACAACAACAAAAAAGCAAUUUGAACAAUUAAAGUUUAUUAUUCUCAAAUGUCUUGUUUAUAAUUUUUAAUCUCUAAUAAUAAUCACAAAUUAACAAUUUUGAUGACUAAAUCCAAUCGGCCGAAAUAAAAAGCUAUAUAAACAAACGGUCGCAGGACAACACGUUCACCACCAAAGAUUUUCUGUUAAAUCUUUUAAUCUUUAAAGGCAACAAUUUGGAAAGAUUGAAUAUUUUGCAAAAAGCAUGCGCAUAAACACAACGAGGCUGUAAAAGUCGACUUGUGAGUAGAUAUUUGCCUAUAUGUCGUUUAAUGUCCCCGACAGCCUCUGAAGUUCCAUUUAGAGCAUUUUCAAGAUUCAAAAAAAUAAUGAGUGGGAUUUUAUGUUGCAGAAUAAAAUCUGAAACAUAUUGAGCUUCUGUUAACCACAGACUUUAUUUUCCAUAUUUAAUAAAAAACCACUGACUUUUGGCUCGAUGGAACCAGAGUUUCGAAAUUCCUAACUAAUUUCCCGGUUUUAGGACUCCUUUCUUGCGGCACUCUAUUGUUAACUGAAUGCAGUGCUGGUGUUGGAAAUGUUGGUUGUAGUUUUAGUUGCAGCGGAUGUGUGUCAGCUUGCACUCUGGUCUCUUUUUCAACAGUGCUGGGAUGUCACCCGUGCUUCAGGCUCCUGUAACCCUGGUUGGCUGGCCACGGAGACAGGGAGUCCUCGUCUCAGUACUGUGGCUCUCCACAUUAGACUUUCUGUUUGGGGCUAAACAUGUUCUCCAAGGGCACCAAGCGUAAGUUUUCCGAUGGUGAUGAAGAAAUAUCCGCCGAAAGCCUGGUAGGUGCCAGAGUGGCAUCUUCGUACAGCUUGCAACGGCAGUCGCUGCUGGACAUGUCCCUCAUUAAGCUGCAGUUGUGCCACAUGCUGGUGGAGCCCAACCUCUGCCGCUCGGUUCUCAUUGCCAACACAGUCAGGCAGAUUCAGGAGGAGAUGACCCACGAUGGCAGCUGGCAUAUGGUCACUGAAGCGUUCUGCAAUCCAGGUCAGAGUCCCUCCGAGCGCUUGGUGGCCACUGAGGUCCUUUGCAGGUCGCGAGAGCAGGAUGCAGAACCUAAACUCUUUUCUGUCAUCAGCUACGAAGGUUGCCGUGAAGAGGAGGUGGUAGCUGACGAGACGCUGUGCUCCGUUUCAGUUAGCGAUACUGUCUCUGAUGUGUGCCUGGCAGGGCGUAUGGGCCAGUGCUGGGAGAAGAGCGAGCUCAGUGGUGUAGAGAGGGACGAAGAUGCCCUUGAAGACUCUAGUCUUGGUUCAGGAGAAGAUGAGGAGAUAGACACCGAGGAUGAGGCUUCUACAAAGAGUCCAAAGACAACAGGACAAGUUUUUGGUACAUUUGAAAUAAAAAACGGUUCCCCGGGUCCAGACUCUGCUCUUGAGGAACUGUUCUCUGAUGUGGACACCUCCUACUAUGAUCUGGACACCAUGCUGACCGGCAUGCAGAGCGCACCCAAGAUGGGCCCUUAUGACCUCCUUGACAGCUUGGCUCCUUCACACAGUUCCCCCACCAUAGUAUCCACCCCGAAAUGUCGUUCUGAUCUCAAUGAACUGGAUCACAUCAUGGAAAUCAUUGUAGGAUCUUAGGUUCCACCUUGUUCAGAGACUUACACACUUGUCUUAAUAUUACUGGCUUUUCUGUUCCUUAUGGAAAGCAAGUAAAGUCUGGAGUCCUUUCAGGGAAAAGAGUUGAUGUCUUUUGAAAGACGGCCUUGAUUUUAUGAGCUGACCAUAGUCAUCUUAUUUGCAUACCCUCUGUAUGUUUUAAUCAUUUUUCUGUAUUUGUCUGUUCAGACAUGAUGUUUUUUUGUUUUUCUUUUAAUUUAUUUGUUAUUCUCAUGACACUACCGAGAGCAGAACAAGAUGUAUACAAAAGUUGUAAAGCUUGGGAUAUUUUCAUAAGGAGACAAAAGAUUGUCUAAAUGUGUAUAUAAAUUAUAUAUUUUUUACAAUAGAUUCUUCUUGUAAUAUGUUACUGUACAUUAUGCACAUGUUCUACAAAUUGAUUUUAACCGAAGAGAUUAGAUUCUUAUGUGCAACAACUCAAGUUUUCUGUUUAUCAAAAUCCAUAAACUGAAGCAUCUUAAUUCAGUACUCCAAUAUAAAAAAAUGCACCAAGUAUACAUACGGUGAGACCUUUUACAUUUGUGUGGUUAUUUGCACAAAGUAUUUUUUUUUCCUCUCAAGGUUUGAUUGCAGUUUGCUGUCAAUCAGCUCAGCCAUGUAGGUUUUGUUUGUUGUUAGACGUCUAAGUCCUUCUAUUUUGUCUUAUCAGCAAAUGAAGUAUGAUGGGGCCAACCCAUUUUAUAUUGUGACUUAAUUUAUUUAAUUUAUUUACUGCAAACAGUGAGUGUUGGCUGUGGUCAAACUCAGGGUGGGUUUUUAACUCUAGAGGACUUAAUAAGCCUGAUUCAGAAAAGCCUUUGCACAUAGUAAAUCGGUCACAGAAUUAGUGCUUUGUGAGUUGUUUUGCACAAAUUAUUGGUUUCAGUAUUGAUUUUAAAUAAGUCAACUUCUUUAAUUUUGGUGAUUGGCUUAAGUAUAUCAGUCUAUUAGUCCUCUAGACCCCUCAUAACGAGAAGGCAUUUGUCUAGUUCUAUGCAUUGAGUGUCAUAACACUUUAUAUGUGUGAAGUGUUUAAAAUGCAUUUAGUACAGUAUUCUUUUUUUUAAUACUUAAAAAUCAGUCAACAUAAUACAGUCAACAUUUCCCCCCAGUGAUUACAUAUAUUAUUUGGUUUUGUCAGAAUUUUUGCAUAAACUAUGUUUGUGCAAAUUAUAGGUUAUUACACUUUUUACAAUUGUUUUCUUGUACAUUGUCUCACACUUAAAUUCUAAGAGGAUUUUGUUUAUUGUAUGAUCUUAAACUAGUAUAGAGUAUAAACUUUUUAUAUGAGCAUUGUAGCUUUUUUAACUUUUUUUUAAUAAAAGGUACAACUUAUGAAAAUGCUGUGUUGUUUUU